AUCAACAUCAACAUCAUCUACAAUACACAURGAGAAAUUACCCCAAAAAAUAAUAAUAACCGUUGGCAAUAACAAUAAAACAAACCGAUUCUCUUAAGUAGCAAAUUCCACUUGACGUGUGAACCAAUGAACGGUAUAAUAACAAUCGUUUUAAUUUGCUGCACACACACAGUGAAUUGGUUACCGCCGUGCAAAUCAUUUCAUUUUCAAGGUCAUUAAAUUAUAAAAAUUUUACAAAAGGGACUUACCAAAUAACAUCUGCUGUUUAAGUCGAAGUUGUCCGGGUGGCAUAAGUAAACUGUGUACACGAAGGAAUCUGCUUCCAUGGUCGGAUAAUAGUUGCUACCAAAAUAUUAGUCAAAAGGAACAUCGGUUCUCAAAACAUCUUUACUAUGUCUACUAUUUCGUUACAAUCCGCAAAUCAUCUUCCAAGUGGGCGAGACUUUAGGGUAAUGUAGACAAAAGCUGAACAAAUGAAUUAGCAGUUAUCAUAAAAAUUAACGCAACGAAAUCGUAAAACUUGUACAGUGUUGAGCAGCGACAGAGCGGUUAAUAGCUUGUUUAAAGGGCGYAAUUGCGGUUUUUGCAGCGAAUGUUAUUAUAUUACGCUCGGAGUAUUAGUUCAGCCUGCAGUGUUGUGUUUGUAGUGGUAACGGUGCGUUUUAUUAAUAGUAAAUAUAAUAUAUAAGCCAUAAAUAAAAGAUAGAUAGCAGAUUACCUAACUAUCACAUAGAAUCUUAUAUACGUGAACGGAUAAUUGUUGAAAAGCGUUAUUCAAAAAUAGUAUAAAUUGAAAAGUGCAAUAAUACGACAAAUCUUUUUAAAAGUACUCUACUUAUUAUACGAAUUAAAAUUUUGGAGUGACAUCAGCAGAAAAGGGAUUACUAAAUUGUGCCAAUACAAAACAUAAAAUGGUUCCAGAACAUGUAAUCAACUACUGGUACAAAAUUAUUUAAAUAAUUCUAAAUAUAUUUAGAAUAAAGUCCAAAGUGAAAACCUAAUGCCAAAUUCUAUUCUUAAAUUGUUUUCUCCACCAAUGCAUAUAACAAUAUAAAGUUUGUAUUGAUGUAAUCUUCUCACCCACAAUUCUAGUCGUUGAUUAUAAGCAAUAUUUUACAAACAUAUUUAUAUACACAUCACAGUUAUUUAUUAUUACAACCAUAAAAUAUAAGUGGAUAAAGAAAUGGAUUUCAAUCUAAAAAAUUAUCGGUACUCUACUAUCAAUUAAAUAAGACGAUGAAUUAACUAAAAAUUUUACGAGAUUGCCAAUGUUAAGCGACUUUCAGGAUAUACUGCGAAAUGAUAAGCAUAUUGGCGUGUGGCGCGCAAUUGUAGCAGUUUAAGAAACGCUGUGAUCUCUUAUACUUUGGUAAUUCCUAAACCCAUGUACAUUGUGUUGAAAAUUUUCAAUAAUAUAACUAUAUAUUAUUAAUAACGUAAGUGUGUUUGAAGAAAGAAAAAUAAAUAAUUUCGAUAAAAAGCAAAGUAGAAGAAGAAUCGAAAAAUUGGAGUYUAUGCAAGACGAAGCACAUAUAGUCUAUGAUAUUCAAAGAAUAAUUUCUUAGAGAUUUGGAUGAGUGGACCAGGAAAAUAAAUUCAAGCCUCUAAUAAAACUCACAGAGUUUCACUCCAAAACGAAUCAAAAUUGUACGAGUAGAAAUUAAGACGACUUUAUCACAAAUUCUACAACUUAUUUUUGGACUUUAAUUUACUAAACAUUGUUGGGUGACAUUAGGAUAAAGCUCUACAAUUAGAAAAGUUAAGGCGAUAUUCAACUUGAAAAGCAGAAACGCAAAUCAUUUUUAUACCUCAAACAUUUUAAGCUAAGAACGACAUUGUAUACUGUAUUUAUAUAGGUGUUCCGAUUUAAGUAAAAAUCUACAUUAGUGUAUAUAUACAAGUAUCCGUAUAAGUUGUAUAGCUGAUAACCAAGUAGCUUCAAGCACCUGUAUAGAAACACGAGUCCCCCAAAAGCACCCGCCUCUUCCAGCAACCGGAUCGUUAUAGCUUCAUCAACAACAGUAAACAACGCCCCAAAGGAACUUCACAUUCUGCAAUCCGCUACCCUCAGUCACGAUUAACACCGCCACCACGUUUACCACAGACACAAUAGAAUCCUUCAAUAUGACGAUGAGUACAAAUAAUUGCGAAAGUAUGGCGUCAUACUUUUCCAACUCCUAUAUGGGACCCGAAAUGCACCAUGGCCACUAUCCUGGAAAUGGUGUCGCCGAUCUCGAUGCGCAACAAAUGCAUCACUAUAGUCAACAUCCAAAUAAUCAGGGCAAUAUGCCCUAUCCACGCUUCCCGCCCUACGAUCGUAUGCCCUAUUAUAACGGUCAGAGUAUGGAGCACCAAGGCUACUCUCGUCCCGACAGUCCUUCCAGUCAGGUGGGUUUGUCACAGCAGCCCCAAGUAAAUGGUAGCCCACUGCUUCAGCAACAGYCACAACCCCAGCAACAAGUUACGCCACAACAGGCGCAACAAGUUACGCAGCAAGCACAGGCGACACCUCAGCAUCAGCAGCAUCCGCAAGUGACGCAACAGGUGACACAUCCAGCCCAACAACAACAGCAACCCGUAGUAUAUGCCAGUUGCAAACUGCAAGCAGCUGUGGGCGGAUUAGGCAUGGUGCACGAAGGCGGCUCACCGCCCCUAGUCGAUCAAAUGGGCGCCCAUCACAUGAAUGCACAGAUGAGUUUGCCACACCACAUUGGACACCCACAAGCACAGUUGGGUUACAACGAUGUCGGAGUUCCAGAUGUUAAUGAGGUUCAUCAAAACCACCAUCAGAUGAGUAUGUAUGGCCAACAACAGACUGGCAUUCCACCCGUUGGCGGACCACCACAAACCAUGAUGCAUCAAGCUCAGGGACCACCACAAAUGCAUCAGGGCCAUCCCGGACAACAUACACCACCAUCACAAAAUCCAAAUUCGCAGUCAUCAGGGAUGCCAUCGCCAUUGUAUCCCUGGAUGCGCAGUCAAUUUGGUAAGUGUCAAGAACGGAAACGUGGUCGCCAAACGUAUACCCGUUACCAAACGUUAGAGCUGGAGAAAGAAUUUCAUUUUAAUCGUUACCUGACAAGGCGACGACGAAUCGAGAUCGCUCAUGCGUUGUGUCUCACAGAGCGACAAAUAAAGAUCUGGUUCCAGAACCGACGAAUGAAAUGGAAAAAGGAGAAUAAAACAAAAGGGGAACCAGGAUCCGGAGGUGAAGGUGAUGAGAUCACACCACCCAACAGUCCGCAAUAAGACGCUGAUAACAAUUGAAACAAGAGGCGCGACCGUUAACACUGUGAGAUAUGGCAACUCGCACAAAUUACUUAGCGUACUUUGUCUGUCCUUCAUAUUGCUAAAGGAUAUAUGUUUAUUCAAAAAGAACAAUUCAUGUACACUUAGUGUUAGUAGUUUGAAUAAAGCACACUGUUGGAGCUAACGAGAAAAAUCUAMUACUACUAACUAAGUACUACAACCUCGUAGUCAAAUGUUACAAAACUUUUCAUUAUCACACACAAUUCACCCAGGAGUGAAAAAUGUGGAAUUGAUUAUCGAAAAUUUAAUAUAAAUUGGAAUUAAAAUAGAAAAGCAUAUAAUAUUACUAAAAUAAUGCUGUAUAUUAUUUAUGUAAAGCCGUAAACCUACUUAGUUAAUUCUUAAAAAACAUUUGUUAUUAUUUACUUAACCCUGUAUUAUUAUUAUUUGCAAUGUAUACCUUAACAUUGUAGAAUAGUUCGUAGCCGACAUGCAAAAAGAGCGUAAGGAGUUAAUAGGUGGGGCAAUAAUUGCAUAAAUUAAUUAGCUAAAUGGGUAAAAAUAUUUAGCAAUGAAAUAAUGUAUCUAAAUAAAUAAACUCAACAAAACCAACUCAUGUGACCUCAACUUUAAAUAAGUUAUUGAUUAAAAAUAAAGUAUAUACAAUUAAAAGUAAUAAUAAAAAAAAAAAUAAUAAUAAAAUGUAAAUGUAACCAGUAAACUAAAAAAAUGGGGAAAGCUAAUAAAAAUUCCAAAAUAUUAGAAAUAAAAACUAAACUUAACAUAUGGAAUACUCUUAUGUAAAGCAUAAAAAAGUAACUUUUAGACAUUUUCAGCUGUAAUUAGAAUAAAAUAUUAACUCAUACAUGUAUACGUAAAUUAUAGGGUCUGAAAAAAAUACAAUAAUCGGGGAAGAAAAUACAAGAUUGCAUUUUAGAUCUGCUCAAAGAGGUUCAAUUGUUUGCACAGUAUCAAUCAACGACAGACAAACCAGAAUUCCAUAUUUCUUUCUAAUUUGAAAAUUCCAUAUAUAAAAAUUAUCUUUUGAAAUUAUAUUAUUUUAUAAAAGUGCAAUAUUCUGUCAAUUUAAAAUACGUUUGAGCAGACGUAUUAACAGUUCCAMUUUUUUUUUUUUAUUAUCACCACCACUUUUAGCCGGAGCUAUUUCAAUACUUUUAACACACCGAAACUUGUGGAAGAGAUCCGAUUUUUUAUCAACACUUGUUCUGAUUUCUUUGACUUCCUGAUGUAUAUAUUUUAUUUUAUGGAUUUGAUAAGUUCAUAGGUAAAAAGGAAGCUUUCAAUUCUCUUAGAAUAAUUUAUGCUACAAUAGCAUUUGUACUUUUCAUAACUGAUGUACUUACUUAUCGAGCCAAGCUUUCUCGAUUUAUAUCAGUUGCAUUUUUGAGUGUUCUAAGAAAGACGCAUGUUUGGCAAUAUUUUCACCAAACAAAUAAUUCAUCUUCCACACAAGCUAGUGCUCGAUAGUCUAUAUAAAAAGUUUAUUAGUUCCUACUUUAGAAACGCGACUUCUUAAAGRAGAGUAUUUGGGCUUUCUAUAGCUUCAAGAAUAAUGUGAAUAAGUGUGUAUAAAGUAUUGCCUGUAAUGCCAACUCCUCCUGGCCAACUCCCUUGACCAUACUUCAACGGAAUACCUGGUUUGUAACUUGAAACUCGCCCCAAGUGAAAUGUAUAUCUGCAUAUACAAAUUUGUGUAAUUAAUAACAUAAAGUACAUAUGUAUAUUUCAAUAUAUAUGAAUGUAUAAGAUAAUAAGAAUCGAUACCAAAUUAACGUUGAAAUAAAUUUUAUUAACAAAUAUCUUAAUAAUUUCGAGUUUGCAAAUUUCGUUUAUUAUUUAUUCAAAAAAAAAA